GGUCAAGGCUGUUAUCGCCCGGCCUGCAUUAGGUGUUGACAGUGUCGUCUGCAAGAGAGCGUCGGGAAGAUGGACGGACGAAAGCUUUCACGCCAUUUCUCCAGGGCAGAAGAUCUAGAUUCUGAAGGCACGCUUAAGAUCCUCGUCUGUGGUGGCGGUAAUGGUGCUCACUGUAUGGCCGCCUUAGCUUCCUCUCGGCCGCACGUGGACGUGCGCGUGCUGACCUUGUACGCGGACGAAGCCGAGCGUUGGACGCAAGCACUGAAGGAGGAAGACAUGACGAUAUCCAUCACGUACAGUGAGGAUAACAUUGAAGACGUUAAGUCACGACCUUCUCUGGUAACUAAAGACCCCGCUAAGGCAGCUGAAGGUAUUCACAUGAUUUUCUUCACAGUUCCAGCUUUUGCCCAUGCGCAAUAUCUACAGGCGAUUGCACCACACAUUCUUGAUAAUACAUUACUGAUUGGAUUACCAGGGCAGGCUGGAUUUGAAUUUCAGGCAGUCAAGGCAUUAGGAGAUAAGGCGAAGCAAUGCGCAGUCGCAUCGUUUGAAUCACUUCCUUGGGCCUGCCGGACUUUAGAGUUCGGACGUCAUGUACAACUGCUAGGGUUUAAAGAAGCCCUAGGCGCCGCAAUACUAAUAGGCAGCAAGAGCAACCUAACGUCGCAUUCUCUCGACAUUAUACAGUUCAUCUUCGGGGAGAACCCCGUCUUCAAAGUCAUUAACAACUAUGUUGCCAUUAAUCUGAUGGCAAAGAGUAUCAUCCAUCCACCCCUGAUGUAUGGCCGGUGGAGAAGAUACACCGAUGAGGUUCUUCAUGAGAAACCGUUAUUUUACCAAGGUGUCGAUGACGAACAAGCAAGUCUUCUGUCCAAGGUCAGCGAUGAGGUUGUAAUGACGGCCAAGGUUAUUGAAUCAAAACGUAAAAAUAUUGACAUGUCUGCAGUUAUCCACAUCCUCGACUGGUACCGGGAGUAUUAUUGCCAUGAGAUAUCCGAUCAUAGCUGUUUGAAGAACGCCAUGCAGACAAACAAGGCAUAUGACGGACUGCUCCAUCCAAUGAAACAAGUAGCUACUAAAGGCAGCGAGGGUUUUGUGCCCGACUUCAACUACAGGUAUAUCAGAGAGGACGUACCGUUCGGACUGGUAGUGAUGAAAGGAAUAGCCCAGAUCGCUGGCGUGGACACCCCAACCAUUGACAUCAUUAUAGAAUGGGCACAGAAACAGCUCAACAAGGAGUACAUCGUAGGCAAUCGCCUUAACGGCAAGGAUAUCGGCGAGACUCGUGCGCCACAGGUAUACGGAUUCGAAACCAUUGAAGAUCUCUUCCAUAUAUAAUAACAAUAGAUGAUAAUACGACUAGUAGAUUAGGUAGAUGGUGUCAUGGAGAUAGUCAUCAACAUUGCAGUUUUGUGAUCUGGAAAGUCCGUAUACAACAAGUGGUGAACUAAAAUUUGUAGAUUUGUUAUUUGAUGCUCUCGGCCUUACACUAAAGACGAACCGUUCCACUCUUGGUGCAGUAUCAUUUUACCAGGCCGAACUUCCUUCUCUUGUAUAACAAAUAUCGUGUUGUUAAGGUACAGGAGAAAGAAGAAUCGUGUGCGGCUUUGAGUAAGCACUGUAGCCCUGAAGCACGAGAAGUGUCAACCUGUGGCUAGAGACAGGAUCGUUCCAUGCUUAGAAAAUGGCAAAAUGAUCAGCUUUGGACGAUUUCUGGUGUGUGAUACUAUUGCCAUCGAUCAAUUGGCGAACAUGUAUACGUAUAUUAGAGACUCACUAUCACUUAGAAUGGACAGUUUGUAGAUUAUAAUAGUAGACAUGUAAACGUUUUACAAAAAACCCAAUGUAUGUGUAUGUACUGCCUUUAUGAUUUGUCUCCCUUUUGCGCAUUCUAUGAUAAGAUUAAGGCCGAUCUCGCGAGUAAUGUUCAUUUAAAAAAAGAAAUCAUGUAUUUAAUCAUUGCUGCACAAAGAUACUGAAGCUGAUGGUGAGAACAUGACGAUAAUUGCAUUAUCUAUAUCGUGUCAUAUCUAAAACAAACAAACAUACAUCAGCUAUACAGGACAGUUCGCCCCGUGACAGAAAACGUCAUUAGUGGCGGCUUACUAAGCCUUUAAAAUUGUCCUACAAUAACAAAUUAUGCAAGAGAUAAAUGAUUGCACAAGGAGCAUAACCCCAUUGGGUAUUUUGUACAAUUCGGGCUAUAGCAUAUAUCAUAUAUCAUAUAUUGGACUUACGUUCUAUAACUUCAGACAUAUUACUGAAGAUUAUCUAUUCAUUUAUAUCACAAUUAUUGAUCGUAAAUUAACAUAAUUCUAACGCUAAGACGUAUGACCAAUUAGUCCAGUCAAUUUACUCAAUUUACAGUUAUGGGAUCCUACAACAUUGUGCGAUGUGCACACGAUGGCCUCACGAUGUGCACACGAUAGAAUACAUGAGCAAUAAUAUCAUGCACGAUGAGAUAUCGAAGCGAAGUGUGUACGAUAGCUAUUGUGGUUGAUAUAAAUUUAGGAAUUUAGGAAACAUCAGUAAGUCGGCGGCGGCGUCCGCACAGAGGUUUCCGUGCGACCCUAGUUAAAGUGCGGAUAAUUUAAGUUUUUCUUUAUUAUUUCAUACCAACUAAAACUUCAUACACAAUUUACAUGGUGAUUGUAAUCUAUAUAUAAAUUAUACACCUUCGUCAUGAUCGAUACAUUCUGUAUUUUUGUUGUUUCGCACUAUGGUUCGUUCGAACUUACGAAACCGCAUAGGGCACUUUUGUGCGGACGAUGUCUGCAUGAUGCUUUUGGUGCAUUGUGCGAUCACAAAAAAGCGGGACAUAGUUUCAACAUAAUAUUAAACUUGUUUUUUGGGGGACGGCGGAUACCUACAUCAUAUAAGAGGGGAAAACCGAUCAUUUGGAAAAUGUCUUGAUGGCAUUCUAAGAGAUACGAAGAAACGUUCAACAAUCACAUUUGUGACCUUCCGAACUGUAAUAUCUACCUCUUGUGUAAUAAUAUAGAAAUUUAUACACUCCAGAACGGAUGUAGGAGUAUACUAUCAGCGUGUCUGUCCGUACUCAACAUCCUUAUUGGGUGCAUUCACCGACACGUUAAAAUAUCUUUGUCGCCUAAGGAGACAAGAUUUAAAGCAAUUUUGUAUUCUACCCACAAUUCAUUGAAUUUCACGAUGUAUAUACUCUUUUAGCGACGGAAUGAACGAAAAUAAAAACUGAUCUUGAAAUUCCAA